AUGUCCCAACUGAAACCUACCCUAAGGAGCUCCGCCUCGAAGAAUGCCUACGGAGCGACUGCUCCACCUAAAAUUCGAUCAGUUUCUUCGAGAGAAAAGAAAACUAAGAAACAGACUGUCGUUUUGAAGUCGUUAACGAGGAUGCCUACGUCGCCGAAUGACGGGUCGCCUCCGGCAAAGAGAGUUUUGCGGCAAAAAAGUGAGCAUUUGCCUACCAAGGUGUCCGAAAAAAGUCCUAGCACUGGCAGAAGUCGCAGACGAUCGGUUGUUUUGCCGGUCAGUUCUGGCCAUCCGACCUCUGUUGGUGAAGCUCAAGCACUCGCCACUGGCGAAAAGCCAGAGGCCGCUCCGGAGACAGUCCAGAAACCUGUGGAUCAGCCCAAGGAAACGGAUCCCUAUGAAAUAAGUGAGGAUGAAAAUUGCCCUCCGACAACGAUGGCCGCCCCCAAGCCUCGACCGAAACGCAAAUUCUUCUCUAAAGGCCGUGCCGAACGUCUCAAACAGUCGACGUUUUCCGCUUUUAAUUUCUUCCGGGGCAAAUUUCACCGGGAGGCGAGAAAACCGUUGCGAAACCUGCCCGCCGCCGCGCUAACACGGCGCGAAGAACACCAACGGAUCGCGGCAACAACUAUCUGGCUGCCCGUUCCAGACACCUCACGACUGCCACCUGCGAACACGACUGCGGGCAGCGCCCGUGGGGGCGUCCUCUACUCCACUCCUGUGAGCGGUGCUACAGCGGCCGGUGGACCCUUUGUCAUGCUCUCCUCGAGACCCAUGGUCGCGCUGCGGGGUACGGAUGUGCAUACGGCGAGUCUGUUGGCAUCGCCUAUCCUGCCCUCGAAGCCUUCGCUGUCAGAGUCCGUUUUUGUUGUUGCUGCCUCUACCGCUGAUAUGGUUUGUAACACCUGGAACCAGCGGGAGGAUGCUCUACCGUCUCCCACGCCUCUAGUGCCCAGUCCCCCUCAGUCUCCUACUUUACCGCCCUGCUCUGAGGGUGCUGGCGUCAGAGCCAGCCCCCGGUCGGCUCCUCCGCCAAGUCACUCUGCCGAGAAAUCAUUAUCAACAAAAUCCCGUUCUCAUCGUAAGUGA